CAGGUCUCGGGCCCUCAGGCGAAGCGGCGGGCGCCGGACCCCCAGAUGGAGCGACAGGUCUCGGGCCCUCAGGCGGAGCAACAGGUUUCGGGCCCCCAGACGAAGCGGCGGGCACCGAGUCACCAGGCACGACAGUGGGCACCGAGUCGUCUGGCAAGACUGCGGGCACCGAGUCAACUGGCGGAACAGCGGGCACCGAGUCGUCUGGCGGAACUGCGGGCACCGAGUCAUCUGGCGGAACUGCGGGCACCGAGUCGUCUGGCAAGACUGCGGGCACCGAGUCGUCUGGCAAGACUGCGGGCACCGAGUCGUCUGGCAAGACUGCGGGCACUGAGUCGUCUGGCAAGACUGCGGGCACAGAGUCGCCUGGCAAGACUGCGGGCACAGAGUCGCCUGGCAAGACUGCGGGCACCCAGUCGACUGGCAAGACAGUGGGCUCCGAGUCAACAGGCACGACAGUGGGCACCGGGUCAUCAGGUAUCGGAUUGUCUGGCUCGACAGCGGGCAUCGGGUCACCAGGCAUCAGGUCAUUUGGCUUGCCAGCGGGCACCGCGUCAUCUGGCAAGGCAGUGGGCACCGGGUCACCAGGUAUGACAGCGGGCUCUGAGUCAAUUGGCACGACAGCGGGCACUGGAUCAGGUACCGGAUCAUCUGGAUCAACAGCGGGCAUCGAGUCAACUGGCCUAAUAGGAUCGUCGGGCUGGAUCAGUUCAUCAUGCUGAAUGCAGGCAUCAGGCUGAGGAGAGGCUUCAGGCUGAGGAGAGG